UUCCUUAAUCAUAACGGCUCCGAAACCGCCCACUCCUCCCCUCUACUGUAUCCAACCAUUCCACUCCGUCCCACUAUAUAACUCUCUUUCUCUCUCCCUCCAUAUCUUCCCCCAUCACUCUCUCUCUCUCCACCUCUCAAUUCUCUCUCUCUAAAAACAAUUGCUAUACCAUGUACACAACUAGUGAUCAUCAAAUGUUGCAGCGCCAGCCAAGACCUUUGGUGAUGGAAAGAAAGUGGAAGUCCAAUGCUGCUGAGAUAGCACCCAAUUGUCCAAGAUGUGCCUCAACAAACACAAAAUUCUGUUACUACAACAAUUACAGUUUCUCACAGCCGAGGUACUUCUGCAAAGGCUGCCGCAGGUACUGGACCAAAGGUGGUUCCCUCCGCAAUGUCCCCGUCGGCGGUGGCUGCCGCAAAACCCGCCGUGCCAAGGCAUCCCGGUCCACCAUUACCCCUCACAGUCCCAGCCCACUAGACCUACCCACCACCACAUCUACUGACCCAUCACCUUUGGUUCCACCAGGUGGGUCAGGUGGGUCAGAUAUUGAUCUAGCUGAUGUCUUUGCCAAGUUCUUGAACCAGAGUUCCAGUGUUGGAGAUUCACAAUCAACUCAGUUACUUGAUGAUGGGAUUCCUCCUCAGGUGUUUGAUCAGGUUCAAGGAGAAGAGGGGGUUCAUGGGUUUAUGGGUCAUGAUGAUCUGAAUUGUUUCGGAUCGGAAACUGUGCUUGUUGAUGAGUUGGGUCAAGAGCUUUUGUGGUCUGAAUCUGAUGCGAAUUUGCCAGUUUUUUCAACGGUGGAGGAGUUGCAAGAGUUUGGAUUAUUUUCAUCUGAUGAUGAUCAGUCCAAGAUUUCUGCAAACUUGAUUAGUGAUAAUAAUUGGAGCUUGUUCGAUUUACCAGCCGGCUUAUGAAAUUUGUUCAAGACCCUGAAACCUGAAUUAAAGGUUUCAUUUUUUUCCCCCACUUCUCUAUCUUUUUUCUUGUGAGUUAUUAAACUGUAACAUUUCCAUGAAAAUGGUUUAUGAGAUAUAUGAGAACACUAUAUAUAUAAUCAAUUUACAAUAAAACCACAUGUUAGUGGCAGGUAAUCUUCCUAAUUUUGUUAGAUUGUUUUAUGCAAUAUUGUCAAUAAAAUAAAAGGUAAUUGACCUGAAAGUAGAUCAAAUUACACAA